AUGGAGGAGUUAGCCAGAGAGAGCAUCAGCCUGCUGGCUUCAGCCUCAACCAAGCCCUCGCUGGAUGUUGCCGCCGGGCCUCGACUCGGUUCAAUGGGGGCUAUUUUCAUCAUGCUGAAAUCUGCUCUGGGCGCCGGACUCCUCAACUUCCCUUGGGCCUUUGAGAGGGCCGGGGGCAUCCGCAGCGCGAUCACAGUGGAAAUGGUGGGCAUUUUCUUUUUCUUUAAAUAUGUGCGCAUAAAGCUUUCAUAGUCAGAGGUGAUAGUUGAGAUCAGCUGGGUUCUGGCAGAGAUCUCUAAAGUUGAUGCAACAAACUACUUUGAGGUUAUCAGAUGUUGGGGAAACUCUGUGCCUUUGCUGAAAUGAGAGUUUGUAUUGAGGGUGCAUUUUAUCUAACGUGACUGACAGCUGAAGUUCCUGCAGAUCAAUUACUUAGAUUGUGAUCUGUUUCACCUGACAGGAGAGGCCAUGAUAGGGUUGACCCCAGAUCUUAUCUCAGCCUGACUAUUUUUCUCUUGUUAACUACUUUCACCAGUCUGUUACUCUUAUUACCAAAGCAGUAUUAAAAUUCUUUUGGAGAAUUAAUUUGGCAAUAAUCUAUUUUCCCCCCUCUUACACUAAAACCAAGCUUAUGUAUUUCACCACAGCUGUGUUUAAUGUUAACACUUUAAGUUGUGUGGGUGUCAGUUCAAGUUAUUUUUUAGGGUUGUAAAAGUUAGCUCAUAUCUCAGCCUACAUAUUUUUGUUAGUCUGUGGAUUAAGCUCCCAAGAGGUCAAGCCAGUUUUAACGCCAAUUUACCAUAGUGAUCAAACUAUAACACUACCACCUCUCAGUAAUGGGAUGAAAACCAGCCCAAGAACAUAACCCCGCCUAUUUCAGUGUUUCAGGGGAAGUUUGAGACCUCUUUGUUGAUUGACAGAGGGAAAUAUACAUUUGAAAAGUAUAAGUUUCUCUGCCUCAUGGGUUCUUAACACUCACCCUCAUGGUGAGAAAAUUCUGAGGCCAUAUCUUACUUGUGCUCUAACUGAUGUCAAACUGACCCGGAGCCAUGAUGAAUUUGGAGCCUUGAGUAUGGUUAUUGGACUGUGAGCUAUGUCAUACAGAUUUGCUAAAGAAAUCAGGUCGUUUGGUGGAAUCUCUUGCUGCUUAACAGCUGCAUGGGCCAACUUCUGACUCUACAUCCAGUUCUACCUAUUAAUCUUAAUUGAUUAUAAAUUAUGACUUGAACCUUUGUUUCAUAUACAGCACAGUCCAUUUUAAAAAUAUAGUUUAUCCUUUUUGAAAUAUGAUCGGUAAUUUCACUUUUUAAAAUUUGUUCACACAAUUGAAAUUGCAAAUGUUUGGUUAUAAAAGUGAGAAGUCAUGAAAAAGUUGAGUCUGCAACAUCACUGACUCCUCCCUGAAGCUUUGACUGUUGCUAUGGUAACUAACAGACUUUUUUUUUUAAAAGGAUGGUUCAGCUUGCAAUCAUCAUAAAGUGCAUGAUUUUUACUUCUGUCUCAUUAAACUUCUCAAACUUUUGCAGACUGAGUCUACAAUGCAAUUGUUUUGACUUGAUCUAAUUUCUAGUUCUAUAAAAGUCGAAGUUGAAGUUUCCUACCCCAAAUUGAUUGAGAAUAAUGCAGGUACAACAUAUUAAAUGUUGAAAUUAUAAAGUUGUAUGUUAUAUUUAAAAAAAAGAAUAAAAAUUGGAAGAGGUUCACAACUCCACUCAAUCAGCAAGUCAAGAGCAAUCUCAGAAUAAUGUCCUGAAAAUAAAAUAAAAUUGUCGAGAAUUUUGGUGUUUCAUCAACCACCAUACCAGACUGAAAAAAAAAACAAGCUGCUAAAAAGAAAUGUUGGAUUGCAGUGAUUUUUGGGCCCUCAGGCAGGACUGCAUUGAAAACAGGCAUGACCCUGCAGUGGAAACCAUGGCACAGGCUCAAAAUCAUAAGCAAAAAAACACUGUCUUUAAACAAAGUCUGUUGCUGUAUUAGGGCUGGGUGAUAUGGCCUCAAAUCGAUAUCACAAUAUAUUUAGCACUUCACCCUGAUAACGAUAAAUAGACGAUAACUACUCCACUGCGCCCCCUACGCAAAAAAGUUUAGCCAAUGGAAGGGGCUGUGGCAGUAGUUUUGACAGUAUGACUCCCCUGGACCCAUUUAUUGCAAUUACUUUUAAGGACUGUUGUUAUGGACUCGAUGAGGCGGAAUCACGUCUCUGAUGUAGGGCAGCAUCUUAAAGGGACAUGAGACCAUAGCCUACCUACACACAUCCAAAACCAACUAUUAUUUAAUUAUUUUUUUUAACACCGAAUAUACUGAUAUGGACAAAAUGACAUUGGAUAUUGUCGUAAAUCUCGGUAUCGGUAAGUUCCUGUGGCUUGUCUAGCUCACACAUCUGUGGAGACAGCAUCACGGCUGAAUACGUUUUUGAGUAAUAUGUGCCAUCAUUUCGAAGACCUCACAUAUUGUAUUUCAUCAAUGUGGCUCAGUAGUAGCGGAGUCGGCAUGCCUGCCUGCAAACCUGACUUGAAGCCCAUUGAAAGUACUUGGCACAUUAUGACCUUUAAACUAAGACUCUGAACAGCUGAAAUCCCCCAAAAGACAAGAAUAGGACAGCUUUUAGCUUUCAAACUCCAGGAACAUUUCAAGAGUUGUUAAAUUGUAUGGUAACCUUUCCCCAGUUCUAACUUUUAGCUGCUGUUAUUUAAAAAAUGAAAACUUACUACUUCAAAAAUCACUCUAUGCAAUAAGAGUUUUCAACAAAUGUUGACACAGCUGUAGCCCACACAGAGAAGAUUAAUAAACAAACAUGGCUGAAGGUAAUGAAGAAGACAUUUCUGAGCAGCUUGUUAGUGAACGAGGCUCCACAUUAGGAAUUUCCUUCAAGAUUGGGGUUUAGAUGAACGCAAUCAGGUUGCCUGACAUCGGACAGUUGAUCUGCUGCUGUUCACUGUAUGCAAUAAGAGUUUUCGAGAAAUGUUGACAACAUUUGUUGUACUUUUCACUCCGCACUGGUUUUACAGAUUUUUUUUUACUGUUUAAUGCUUUAUUGUCCCUUUUUUAAUGCACUGACUGUAAAGGCACUUCUUAAUUUAAUUUCGUUGUGCUUGUCACAGUGACAAUAAAAUUCUAUCUAUCCGUCUUGCCCCCCCCAAAAAAAAAAAAAAACACACCCAUCCCUUCUCAUGUUUUCACUGUUUCCAUCACAACAAUUUAACUAAAACUUAAAUUAAACUUCAGCCAUGUUUGUUACAGCUGUGAGUCCGUCACUCGUGCUAACGUCAUCAACUUGUAUUUAUCGUGUUUAUUGUCAGAUGGCAAAUAUUUAUCGUGGAGGAAUUUUCUGAUGAUAAAUUGUGAACAAUAAUUUAUUGCCCAUCCCUAUUGGCAAAUAUACUUAGUUGGUCAUAAAUACUGGGUGGUCUGGCCAGUGUUUGAAGCACUGAGCAACAUAAAGUAUCAAUAAAGUAACAAUAAAGUAUCAGCAAAAUCUAACAACAAAGUCAUUGAAACCAUUAUUCUGUGUGUAAGAAGAUCGAUGUAUUCUUCAACUUUGUGACUGUUGGUCCUUUUAAUGUUGCAUUGGCAAGAUUAAAUCCAACAUUACUAAAAACAUUUCCUUUUUUCACCCAAACCGAAAGAUGUUUGAGUUCCCAUCUGUUGCCUGUGUAUCAACCCAGUUAUUUCUGACAUGCUGCAGUCUGAUGACUUUAAGAUACAAGUUAUUAAUCUUGCUUUCACUGAUGUUCAAGUAGGGCUGGGCAAUAUGGAAAAAAGUUUAUCACAAUAUGUUUUAUUUUUUCAUAUCAGUUGACAUCGAUAUAUAUCACGAUAUAAAAAAUGAAAUUUAAGUGCUUAUUGGUUGCAUGCCUUUUGCAAUACAUAAGCUACUGCAUCUGUGAGGUCCUUGUGUCUUUUGGACGUUGUAAGGCGUUGCGCUAAAGAAGGCGGACUGAAAGGUCGGCUGUUUCAGCUGCACAGGCACCAUGGGCUCCUUGCUCCACUUGGGGUUUGUAACCUUUUGCAUUGCUCGUGCUCUGCUGCAUGGCACUGCUUCAGGUGGAAAAAAAGAUUUAAGUUAUUCUGAAAUCUAUAGUUUAACUAUUUUUGAGUUAUUGACUCUGCGUGAACAUGUACUCUACAUAAUUUGGAGUGCACAUUACUCUGCUUCAUGUCUGACCCCAAAAAACCAAAAUACCUCCACAUCACCAACAGUUUCGUGCCAGUGUUGUCGACGAGGUUAUCAUCUGUUGAGCCUUUAUCUGCAUUUUUGUCAGGGGUAGCACUCAUUUUCUUUUUUUCUCAUUAACAGUGCUGUCAGCUUCACAUGUUAAAGUGCUAUGGUUGUGUGUAGCUGCAGCCUGCUACUACGCAGUUGUUUGCUACUUGGUUCUAAUUCAGCACAUGAUUGGUUCAGCGUGACCCGGAGCAACUCCCCUUUUCAUUGGCUAUCCGUGUAGCCUACUGAAACAUGGCAGAAUGCCAACUAUUGAAAAGCAUAUUGACCAUGUUUUAUUUUGAUAUCAAGGGAAACUCAUUUUCAAUAUAUAUCAUUAUCGUUUUAUUGCCCAGCCCUAUGUUCAAGUGACAUUUUCAAAUUAGGUCUAAGCUGAAAGGUGAUUAUAAAGAUGUAAAUGCGUCAUCCUUAACUCCUUUUGAUUUUCCUCAUCCCCUCAGAUCUCUCUUGUGUUCCUGAUCAGUGGUUUGAUUAUCCUGGGCUAUUCUUCCUCUAUCAGCGGCCAGUGUACAUACCAGGCGGUGGUGAAAGAGGUGUGCGGGCCAGCCAUCGGUCAGCUGUGUGAGAUCUGUUUCGUCUUCAACCUCUUUAUGAUCUCUGUGGCCUUUUUGGUCAUCGUGGAUGAUCAACUAGAAAAAUGUGAGUCUGCUGUAUACCUUGGAUUUAGCAUAAUGUGCUAUUUUCUGUUUUUUCGAUGAACGCCUGAGAGUAAUUUCUGCUCCAUCCGAUGUGUUGUCUUUUUAAACAUGCAGAGAUCCUGACAUAGUUGAGGUUCAGAUUGAUUAUGAGCUUUAUCAAAUAUAAUGAUAUGCACAAUCACUACCAUACUUACCACAGACCUUUCAUUUCCUGUCAGCAUGCAGUUGUAAAAAUAGCCAGAGGCAGUAAAAAUGAUCUUUGAAUGUUUUUAAUCAUAUUAUUCCCAUGACAUACCUCUGCACAAAUAUGAAACCUGCACACAGUGUGCUUUACUUUGCCUCCUAGUUGUGUGCUAUUUGAAUGACCAUAUCAUUUGACUUAGACCAUGUGCUUCCUUCAGUGUAGGACAGAUACAGUUGAAUGAAAAUGUGGUCUUCUUGUUUUGUUGUUCAUCUCUCAGUGUGUGGCUCCCUGUACGAGCUGGUGACAGGCCUGCCAGAGACAGAGAUGCAGCAUCAUUUUUACACGGAUCAGCGCUUCGCCCUAACGCUGCUCUGUGUCUUUCUCAUCCUUCCGCUGUCCAUCCCCAAAGAGAUCAGCAUCCAGAAAUACAUAAGGUCAGAAGUCUUGUGUCACAUGUGAGAGUCUGUAAGUGUGUAAGAGCAAGUCACAUGUACCCAAGGGUUUUUAAGAGCACACAUCUUAUCAAGAUGAGACAUAUGUAGGUUUUAUUUUCAGUAUUUUUUAAGAUUGGGUUGUCUAAAAAGUUUUCUUUGUUUGAAAAAUGAGGAUAGGGACAUUGACCAUUGUGUUGCAACAACUCCUCUGUCUUGCUGAUGUAUGUGAAAGCAGCAUAUGUUGCUCUAAAACCAGAACAUGCGUAUUGUUCAGCAUUUAAACUGUGAAUUCCCAAAUGUAUAAGUCCAUGGUGGACUUGGGUGCAGAGAAGCUCCCAGUGUCUCUGAAUCAUAUAAAAGUGGGAUUUUGUCUUUUCUUGGUACAGUUUUAACUUGCAUUUGUGGAAGCAGGACCAUCUAUGUUGGACUUUUAUUUCUGGAGGUGACUUUCAACUCAUUCCAUGAUUUCCCCUACAGAAUUAUGUCUGAUUGCAGUGCAAGGACAAAAAGAUCAUGGCCAUCCAGUGUUGGUUUUUCAGCCUUGUCUCUUUUGUUUAGAGAUUUCUUCGUCUUAUCUGAAUCUAUUUCUGAUAUGAACUUUAGAUAAUAAAAUUCCCAAAUUUCUACCUGGAUUAUGCUGAGGAUCAGUAUUUUAAAAAAGUUGAAUUGUUCACUGACACAGUCACUCAACGAAUGCUGGUCCUGUUCCCAUCUUUACUUCAGGGCUAUGUCUCUCUGGAUGCCCUCUUCAUACCUCAUUGUGUUACUAACUGAUGCAAACUAGCCUUAUUAAUUCAGAGAUAUUCCUCUAGCUGUUCUUUUUUCAAGCAUUACACAACUUCUCUCUUUUUUUAAUGUGUCACUGGCAUAAAAUGAAAACUCAGCAUAUAUUUUUCAUGAAACAAACGUUUUUUCAGUCGUUACAUCUGAUAUGCUGUCUUUGUGCUAUUUUCAAUUACAUUUGCAUCUAAUUUCAUUUCAUAUUUUAUGUGCCUGUACAAAGAUUUAACUGAGGUUUGGUACUUAAGUGCAUUCAAACUUUCAGACAUGAAGCACAAAUCUCAGCAAACCCUCAAACAGGUCAGCACAUCCUUGUAUGGGGUUUUAAUAAUGCUGAUCUGGUCUCUGCAGGUCCAGUGUUUGACAAAUGGAUUUGACCUUGACUCAAAUGAUUCAGUGUUGAAGUGAUAUCUGUCUGAACCAGGUCUACUGUUCUUAUAUUUUUGCAGUGUUCUUGGCACUCUAGCCGCAACCUACUUAACCAUUGCUAUCAUCAUUAAGUACCACACCAUGCCUUCUGUUCUGGUUCAUGUGGCCCCGCUCUACACCAGUGGGUACGUAUGGUUUUUUUGUCUGUGUGUGUGUAUUAAAGAGGAUAAAUGAUAGGAACUAGUAGCCUGGCAUUAAGGCGAACUAGGCUGGAACGGCUCAGUUUAUUCAGUUUUUGGGAGGGUAUUAGUUCAUGGUCCGAUCAAAAUGACAGUACAGACCAACAAUCAAUCCAAUUAAUUCAGCUUGUGACAAAUAGUGACAGACAUGUGAACAGAAAGGGGUAUGCAGAGGUAAGAAGCAAACCUUUCAUACCAAUGAAUGUUGUCUGUGCAGUUUUGCAGUCUUGUCUGAAUUCACCUGACUUUCUAGCAGUAGAAGUGUCUAUCUUAGGUGUUCAUGCUGGGGCAGCUCUGCUGGGACGUCAUCCCAAAUAGAGGGCUGUGAUUUGUUUUGGUACAGCAAUUACCUCAGUGUUUAUAUUGUGAUGAAGACAGAAAGGGGUUACAUGUUACCUUUCCUAAUUAUUAACAUACUGGGGUUGGAUGAUCAUAGAGGUGGGUUUUUUUCAAAAACCGUUGUUUGAAUACAGAAUACCAAAAACCUCCACUGUGUAGUACGUUCAACAUACCCUGGCUGUCUGUUUUUUCUAGUUUUGGCUUGACUGAACCUGACAGCAAAAAUCACCUGAAAUGGUCACAUGGUCAUCAAGUAAACCCAGAGUUAUUGUGAGGAACAUCUGACCAAUCACAAACAUGACCAAUUUGCUGUCAGGAAAUAGUCAUACACUCACAAUUAAAAAUAGGAUUUUAGAGAAGUAUGAAGCUAAUACAAAAAAAUCUGAAUAAAAUCAACACUACACUGGUGUGUUUGUCAAAUGAAAGAAUUGGCUGACAAGAAAAACAAAACAAAACAAUGAAUAAACAAAUAAUGACUCACAAUAGGCCUCUCACUUCCCAUCAUUCAUGUGCAGUUGAAUAAAUCAAGUCUUCUUUUUUUCCUGAAAUGAAUUUGUUUCCCAGCUUUUUACCAGUGAUUAAAAAUUGAUGACAUACACAUAUACGUUGGGCCAUGGGCUAAAGGUUUGAGAGCGUGGCUGAUAUUUCUGUUGAAGCCAUAUUAAACAGUGUUAUUCUAGACAUCCUACCAGAAUUCAUGUUACAUACAAGCCAAUAACUGAUGUUGAUUCUAGUGCAUUCUGGUAGGAUGGGGAAAAAAAAGUUUUUAUUUAGAAAAAAUGCUAGGGAUGAUACUAAUAUGAUGCCGAUUAUUAAAGAAAAAAAAUAAAGCUAUUAAACAGAUGACUGUUUAAUCAGUCAACAUUUAGUUUUCUCUUUUGCCAUGUACAAGUCAUGAUAUUUCAGCUGCAGCCCUGAUGUUAUCAAACAAAGCAGUAUGUAGAUGUUUAACGUAAUAUCAUGAGAUUCAAAGCGGUACAGUACAUACUCCUACAUCUAAAUAAAUACUGGUAAAGUAUAAGUAUCUUUACUCUUAAAGGGGUAUUCCGGCGUAAAUUUCAGUUAUGGUCAAACACACCGUAACACCGAGUUAGACACCCCCUCGAGAGAUGAAUGUUGCAGACUGCUUUCUUCUCUAGUUUUACAAACUUAAGUAACGACCAAAUGAUAGCAAUACAUAGUGGUCUAUGUCUCCACACACAAACCUCUACUAGUGCAGAAUGUUUAAUAUGAUUAUUAUUACUUCAUGGAUAUGAUCCGCUAACCUUAACUUAACCCUAACUUAAUUUUACACUGGAAUAUCCCUUUGACUUGUUUUGGUAGUCUGUUGAAUUAUAUAUCAUGAAGCACAUCAGUAUCUUUCAUAAAUAUUUUUCAUAUGUAGAAUUACACAGGCCCGCUUGGUAGAAUAUUCUACUGACUGGUAUCCCAAAUAUAAUGUCAAGAGUUAGUGUAAGUUACCGUGACAAUCUACCAAGUUUUAAAGUCAACUUUGUUUGUAGUACUGAAAACCCAAAGUUCACAAUAAAGUCUAAUUGAUCAGCUUAGACAAAGCAGACUAGCAGACUACUCCACUCCUCCCUAUCCAUGAACUUAUGUGCUGUUGAGAGGACACUUUGUCAUUCUCGUUGGCUUACCCUUGCUGCUCUUGUCAGAUGAGCGGCUGUGACUGACAGAUGAUCUCUUCAGUGGAGCUUCUUUAAAUGCCAUGGCAUUAUAAACGCUGCCCUUGUAAAAGCUUGUUGUUUCUUGUUCUUGUGGCGUUUGUGAACCCCAGAAAUGACUCUCAUGCCUCCCCCCAUCUGUUUGCAGGAUCAGCUCCUGGGCUUCUGUGUUCAGCGUCAUCCCCACCAUCUGCUUUGGUUUCCAAGUGAGUGCAAUAUGAAAUAAUUUUAUGCAAGAGUCUUCAUGAGAUGGUGUACUUAUGUUGGAGCAUCAUGUUGUGGAAAGGCCGGAGGCCGGCGGUCGUGCAGCUGUUUUUAGGAAGGUUACUACGAUACACAUACUUCAGGGGGAAAAAUCUAUUUAGUUAUGGCUGCAAAACUGGAAAUGAAUAACUGAGACUACAUUGAAAAGUGAAUGUCCAGUAGUUAAUAUUCAUAUUCUUGGUCAUAGAAUAAAACUGCGCAAAAAGGGUCGUUAUAGAAAUAGUAACAUCCUCUUAGACUAUCCACAUCCUACCAACAGACAUUUAUUUGACUAUGUAGUAAAUUACAUGGUUAUUACAUUUACAGAUAGAACUGAAGUUUUAUGUGCAUAUGCAUUUACUUUGCGGUGAAAGACCAUUUUACUUUACACUGAAUUGUUUUAUAUUUAAAAGUCAAGUAAUAAUGUCCCACCUACGAGCAGACAGACAGGUUUUAAGUUGUCAGGUUUCAUGACUGAGUAAAAUGGCAUCAUAAAGACUGUGAAUGUUGUCAGGCAUAUUCUCCAAAAUGAAGACAUCAGGUAAGAACCACAACUUCCUGGGGAAAAUUUAUAUCCAAACCAGCUGGAGGUCACAUUGGGAUCCCUGAAAUGAAUAAGGAAGUAUUUCAAACAGAGAGGGAUAUCUGGAAAAACUCGCUGCAGCCUCUUACCUAGUCAGAUCUGAAACAUAUAAACUUGAAUAGAUUAAUUUUCUUUUUUCAAAGCAGAGCACUGGUCAUGAUUGAAGAACAGAUGAAUGAAUCCAAUUGUAGGACAAGUUUGAGUGAAAACCAUUCAAUGAGGUUUGCUGAUCAUUAGGGCAGUCGCCCUCAACAAGUGUUGUGGAAAAUCCAACAUAAACUCAGUAAAACAAUGUACAGGAGACAGGAUGAGAUCUGAAGAACAACCUGGGCGUCUUUUAUUGUACAGAUGUAGAAAUCAGUACAGAUGACAAACAGAGUCUCGACCAAGACCGAGGGAAGCCUCCCUAGCUUUUCUUCUACUCACUUUUAUGUUGUUAGGUGUGUGCGUGCGUGCGUGUGUGUGUGUUUUCUGUCAUCAUGGGUAUGUCAUAUCAAUUCUCCAGAGGGCUACCCAUGAUGACAUGUCUUACUGUUCUGACCCUCAACACUUUGUUUAAACUCAUCUUGACUCUCGCAGAGAUUAAAUGUUCCAACAGAGAGAUAGUUUUGGUCUCUGUGAAACAGCCUUGCUCCUUCUUACAACCUCAGGGUCAUGAGGCUGCAAAUUAAGUUUUGGUCAAACACACCGUGACACCUAGUUAGACACCCCAUCAAGAGAUGAAUUUUGCAGAGCGCUUGCUCCUCUGGUUGUAACAACUUCAGCAACGACCGCAUGAUAGCAAAACACAGCGGUCUACAUCUCCACGUGCAAACCUCAACUAAAAAGCCACUUUAUAGUCACAAAUGCAAUCAGGCAGAGAUGCUUAGGCAGAAGAACUACCAUGUCUGCAGUUCACAUAGAAGAUAUACAACAACUCUGAUUGCAUUUCCAUGAAGUAAUAAUCAUGAAUGUUGCUUCCUUGAGCUGCUAAACUCUGCUGCACUCAGUGAUCGACUCAUCAGGGCUCCCCAACAAACAAGCAGCUGCAGGAGGAGAGUGGGUGAGUUGUGUUAAGUCUCUUUGCUAAAGAAAUCAGACAAAGCUAAAAAGAUGUUUGGUGGCUAGUACUAUGGCUGGGACCCUACAUGUACUGUUGAAGUUAGGUGCUGUUCUGAGCAUUAUUUGUGGCUAUAGAGUGUUUUUUUGGUUGAGGUUAGCACGUGGAGACAUAGGCUGCUGUAUAUUGCUAUGGUGCGGUUGUUACCAAAGUUGGUAUGACUAGAGAAGCAAGCAGUCGGCAACAUUCAUCUCUCGAGGGGGUGUCUAACUUGGUGUUAUGGUGUGUUUGACCAUAACUUAAUUUUACGCCGCAAUUUCCCUUUAAAUGUGCCACUGUAGCUAGGAUUUCAGGGACCUUGUCUCUGCCUCAUAGCAAAAACCCUGAAAGAGUCUAUCUGACAGACAUCUAAACAGUGCUAAGCCAGAGUAUAGAUUCCUCACAUCACAAGAAUACGGUGGCUGAACUUAUUCUUAAAAUGUCUCAGGUUGCCUAGAAAUGUUACCAUAAUGACAAAAGUCCUGCUGGUGAGUGCCUGUGGAAAAGAAAUAAUCAAAUGCAAAAAGUAAAUGUGUACCAUUUGAAAGAAGAUGCCUUUGUUUUAUUAAUCUUAAGGACCUAAACACAGUCAGAAGAUGCUGCUUCAGUGGAGUGGAGGGCCAGCAGUCUGUGGUCCCAGUGGUUUACAGAAGCCUUUCAUAUCUAAGCUCAUAGUUGUGUACAAUAAGAAAAAGACAAUUCUGUCAGUCCAAAGAGAGACACAUGCAAUUUAUGACUUCCCAAGUUUCCAAGGCAACACAGAGGGAUGCUGGGGAGAUCUAAUAAAAGGGACAGCGCAAAAGGACUGAUGCAUGCCCUCUCACAAACACGCACACACUCCCUCAGGGUGAAUGAUUGCACUGCAAAGGGUUGAAAGGAGAGCUGAUGAGAUACUGAGAGAGGUGGAGGAGGGGACCGCAGGAAGGAGGAACUGAGAUUUAAAACUGGCUGAUGGCAGCUGGGAUUAAGUGGGGACAAGAGUCUGUAUGAGUCUGACCUCAAGGAUGGUUUUACUCACCCUAUUGUGACACUUGGAGCCCACAAUCUUCAUUUAAUUCCCAAUCUCAUAGAGAGCAGAAAUAAUCAAGCUUCCAGAUCCUCACCUGACACUCUGAGCUCAUAAUAAAUGAGAAGAAACCCAGGCCAUAGAUGAGCGAGGCAAACAGUCUGUCAGAACAACAUCUAGUUCUCUCUGUCAGUGGAACAGGAUUUUAUUUCCCCACCAGGCAAACACUGUGAACUGUGAUAUCAACUUUUCAACCUGGAAUGAAAAUGUUCAUCCUCUGCUCUCUCCAUUACCCCUGUAUCCAAGUGCCACGAGGCGUCCAUCGCCAUCUACAGCAGCAUGGAGAACCAGCGGCUUUCUCAUUGGGUCGUCAUCUCUGUGGUGUCUAUGGUCUUCUGUCUGGUCAUUUACUCCCUCACAGGUCAGAUAAACUUCUACUCCUGUUUUCAUUUGAACAUUUUCCUAUAAAUACAAAGUAUGUACACCUGAACUCUGUUCACGUAUUUCGUACUAUCUCAGCACCAGAGAGGGCAUCUGAAAGGAAUAACAAGUGUGUUUUAAAGGUGGUUUUAAAACAUGGAAGCCUUUUGGGGAGGUUUGAUUGGACCACAUAUUUUCCCACUUUUACAGCAGACUCAAUAUAACAGCUGUGUGACACCACCCUGUUGAAAAUGGCAGUAUUUUUUUUUUUUUUUUUUUUGAAGAGCAGAUGUGGACCAAAACUGUAGUUUUAUUUAUUUAUUUACAUUCCCUUAAUUCACUCACUGCUGCCAAUCAAUAGGGGAGCUCUAAAUCUUUUAGCUUUCCUAUCAGUGUCAAUUAUAAUAUACAGUCUAUGCAAAAAAAUACAACCAAAUUAGAUACUUAAAGGGAUAUUCUGGCAUAAAAUUAAUUUAGGGUCAAACACACUGUAACACCGAGUGAGACACCCUGUUGAGAGAUGAAUGUUGCCAAUUGCAGUCCAUCGACUGCAGCGAGGUGACACAGGUCAAGGAAGAACAUGUAUGAUAAUUACUUCAUGGAAAUGUGAUCAGACCAAGACGCUAAGGCAGAAGAACUACCGUGGGCAGUGCAAAAUGAUUAUUAUGUUGAUUAAUACUUCAAGGAAAUGAUAAAGUAAUAAUCAUAAAUGUUCUUCCUUGAGCUGCGUUGCCACACUGCAGUCACCCGGAGUUCUCCGUACAAACAGGUAGCUGCUGGCAGAAAGACAGUAAGUUGUGUUUGGUCUCUUUGUUAAAGAAACCAGGCAAAGCUAAAAAGAUGUUUGGUGGCUAGAGCACAUUUGUGGCUAUAGAGUGGCUUUUUGGUUGAGCGUCUAUUGCUAUCUGUGGUCGUUUCUAAAGUUGCUAAAACUAGAGAAGCAAGCGUACAUCAACAUUCAUCCCUUGAGGGGGUGUCUAACUCGGUGUUAUGGUGUGUUUGACCCUAAAUUAAUUUUACACUGGAAUAUGCUUUUAAAGGGGCAAUCCAGUUCUGAAAGUAUUAAACCUGCAUAUGGACAUGGAAAAAGUCAAGACUUCAUCGGGUCAGGUUAAAUUUCAGUGUCUAUUGGUUGUACUGAAGUGAAGUUUAUGUCUAUGAUACCGUGACAAAUGUUUGAAUAUAUUAAUAUAUUUGUUCAGGACCACAGUGACAUUUUAAAUUAAAAUGUCUUAACAGCUGUUCAGAAUGUCAUAAUAGCAUUAGGUCAAAACUGAAAUAUAUAUUCUUAUUUAUCCUCGUUUUAAAUAAAUUGAUGAUUUUAAUGUCUUAACCAUAGACUGUAUUCUUUGGACAACUUAGAAUAGAAUAGAAUAUUCCUUUAUUGAUCCCCCAUGGGGGAAUUUUUUUUGCCACAGAAGCAACACAGACAAAGAUUGUAAAUAUUAAGAACUUAAAUGUUGUAAUUAAGAAAAAAUUUAGAAAAUGAAAAAGGGAGAAGAAAAUAAAAUAAAACUAUAUACAAUAUAGACAAUUUAAGUACCAGAAAAAAGUGGUGGUCUGAGUCCAGUUUUAUUACAGUGCGUUGUAAAGUCUUAUUAAAGAAGGGAGGCACGACCUGCAGUAGCGCUCCGUCUUGCAAGGUGGGAGUCUCAGUCUGCUGCUGAAGGAGCUGCUUAAGGCCCCCACAGUCUGGUGCAGUGGGUGAGAGGGAUUGUCUCUCGCCCACCUCCUCCGGGGGGUCCAAAGAGCAGGCAGGACAGAACCGGCCCUCCUGACCAGUCCAUUCAGUCUCUUCCUGUCCCUCUCGGUGCUCCCUGCCCCCCAGCAGACCACUGCAUAGAAAAGUGCAGAUGCUACCACAGAGUCAUAGAAAGUCCUGAGCAGAGUCCUGCACACUCCAAAGGACCUCAGUCUCAUCAGCCGGUGGAGACGACUUUGGCCCUUCUUAUACAAGAUGUCUGUGUUUGUUGACCAGUCCAGUUUAUUGUUUAUUGUGUCCUCCUCCUGCGUAAAUCCACGACCAUCUCCUUUGUCUUACUGGCGUUGAGCUGGAGGUGGUUUGUGCCACACCAGUUGACAAAGUCACUGAUGACAGUCCUGUAUUCCCGCUCAUCCCCUGAUGAUACACAUCCGACGAUGGCUGUGUCAUCAGAGAACUUCUGGAGGUGACAGCUCCCAGAGUUGUAGCUGAAGUCCGAGGUGUACAGGGUGAAGAGGAAGGGGGAGAGCACUAUCCCCUGUGGAGCCCCCAUGCUGCAGACCACCAUGUCCGAUACACAGUUCUGAAGCCUCACAAACUGUGGUCUGUCGGUGAGGUAGUCCACGGUCCAUGCGGUUAGGUGACAGUCCACUCCCGCCCGCUGAAGCUUCCCCUGAGCAGUGAAGGCUGGAUGGUAUUGAAAGCACUGGAGGAGUCAAAAAACAAUGACCCUCACAGUGCUGCCGGUGUUCUCCAAGUGAGCCAUGGACCUCUGCGGCAGGUAGAUGACUGCGUCGUCCACACCGAUGUUCGGCUGGUAUGCAAACUUCAGAGGAUCCAGAUGAGAGCUCACCAGGAGGCGGAGGUUCCUCAGCACGAUCCUCUCCAGAGUCUUCAUCAGGUGAGAAGUGAGGGCCACAGGUCUGAAGUGGUUGGGCUCCCUGGGGUGUGCUGUCUUGGGGACAGGAAUCACGCAGGAAGUCUUCCACAGUGUUGGGACCCUCUCCAGACUCAGGCUCAAGCUGAAGAUGUGCAGUAGCACCUCACAGAGCUGGUCUGCACAGUCCUUCAGGAGUCUGGAGCUGAUGCCAUCAGGACCCGUGGCCUUCCUUGGCUUCAUCUUCAUCAGCUCACUUCCCUACCUGGUCAGCAAAUUUAUAUUCUGUGUAAUUUAUUUCUAAAGUUUGUCCACAGCUCCAUAUGGAUUGCUGGAGGAGGCGGGAUUUAUGACCUAUACUGCCGCCCGUCACCAGAGGGUGCUGUUCUCACAGAGGCUUAACCCAGCAAGGAGGCAGACGGCGUCCAUUCUAUAUACAGUCUAUGGUCUUAACUCAGAGAAUAGGACAAAGGACGGAGCAGUAAACUGGGAAGGCAGCACGGUCAAUAACAUGCAGCAAAGAGCUGCAGAUAGCUGUUGAAUGUGAGAUGUCUGCUUCAUGAACUACAUGAAGUGUGUCUCAUAGCACCAUUGUAUUCUACAUUAUGUCAGAAGUAUUUAUACAAUAAAAACAAAAGCCAUUGGGAGCCGAUUUGUUUGAAAAGACUUUAUAAUGUUAGUUAAACAGGGGACCAGCAGAAGAGUAGCUGAGCUGUUUAUCACCAGGAUCUCAGAGCAAAACUGUGGCGCAGAUUGAACAUGGCACAGACUUGGGCUAUGCAUUUAGAGUUGGUCUUGGUUUGGUUGCCUUUGCAAGUGAAAAACAUGUCAUUGUUUCUCAUUGGGAUGUCUUCUAAACCAAAUAUCCAAACAGCUAACGAAGAUAACUAAAAAGUGUUUUUGUUUCUGUGGUUGGUGUGAAAUAUCAGCAAAGGUUGAGAACGGUCUUAAUCCUCCUUUUAUGAAGAUAAGUACCUCGAGUCUACUCACCUCGUUAUCAUUUGUGAUUGAAGUCUCUGUACUAAGAUAAGUUUUACAUAUUUUGUGUUUCUUGCUGAUAGAUGAGUUAACACCAUCCUUUGUUUUCUGUUGCAGGGGUUUAUGGGUACCUGACAUUUGGAAAAAAUGUGAAGGCUGAUAUUCUGAUGUCGUACACUGGGGAUGACAUACUGAUGCUCAUUGCAAGGCUGCUGUUUGGAGUCUCUAUUAUCACCAUCUAUCCCAUUAUACUGCUGCUGGGCAGGUCAGGCCUUUGUCAGAUAAUGGCACAUGUUCAUGAAAAAUGAUCAAAAUAAUAGACUUUUCUCACUAAUUCACUAAAUCUGUAAUCUCUCAAAGUCAUGAGUAAUGUUUAUGAACUUUGGUCUGACUUAUUCGACUGGAUGUUGAUGUGCAUAUGACCUGACUCAGAUCACUUAGGCUUUUUAAAGGCUGUGGCUCUACUGACAGUCAAAAGAGCUCCCAUCCUUGCUCACCAGAUCAGUGAUCCAGGACCCUCUCCUGAAUUGGCGGCGGCGGCGUUAUGGUGUGGUGACGCCAGAGUUUGAGAGCCGCAGCCGCUAUGUGCUGACAGUCCUUUGGAUUGCAGUAACCCUGCUCAUCGCCACAUGUGUACCAGACAUCAGCAAGGUCAUCAGUGUCAUUGGAGGGAUCAGCGCCUUCUUCAUCUUCAUCUUUCCAGGUAGUAACCCUCCUGAUCAAGCUUCAUAUUCUCUUUUAAAGUUGUGCAGAACCCCUUUAAAACCUUCUGAUGUGUUUGAACAGGACUCUGCUUGAUGUUUGCUAUGCAGUCUGAGCCAGUGUCCUGGAAGACCAGGUGAGAAUAAACUUCAUUUAAAUGAUAAUGUAAUGUCAAUAUACAUUUAGAUGAUAAUCCAAGGAUAUACAGCAGAGACCAAGUACUGAACUGCCUGAGUGGGUGUUAAUCACAGUGUUCACUCCAAGAGAAUUUUAAAUUGUGUCUAUGGUCCCAGACUCAGAGAAAUAGUUUUCUUCACUCGUGCUUACCUGAGUGUGACCCCUGCAUAUUGGACACUUAUCAGGCUUUCAGCAGCACAUACAAAACACCAUAAUUGAAAAAAACUGAUGGCAUAUAGAUUUACUCUGCCAACUUCUAUAUGAUCUCAUGUCUUCCUCUACAAGAAUGAUAAAUAAUUCAGGUUUGUCUGAAUACGUAUUUGUCCCAAAGCUUGAUUGGCAUAUUUUUAAUCAGAGUAUCUUAAGAUUCAGAGUUAGGAUCACAUUCUUGGACCUGUUUCGAUUAUAUAGCAGUACAGUGCACAAAAAUACAUAAAAGAAAUCCAUUUUGUUUACUUGGCACUUGGAGAGCUCUGCAAAAUAUGAAGAAAAUGAUUAUUUUUGUUAAACUUCCCCCCAAGGAUUUUAAUCACAAACUUAAGAGUCUGUGUGGCUCUUAUUAUCAAGACUUCUUCUCACAUGUCCAUUGCUUUUGUCCAGCUCCCUUGAAUGGAUUUUCUUAGCUGAGGAUGUUAAUCUUUCUUAGCUAAUUAAGUUAUAAAAAUAAAUAAAGUACUUGUGCUGCCUUCAUCUUGUCACUUGCAUUGUGUUGCCUUUGCAUCAACUGUGGUUGUCAACACAAUGAAGAUGCUCACCCACUCAGAUCUAAAAUAAAAUGUACUGCAAAAGAUCCUGAUUCUACUCGGUUCAGACUUUCUGACACUGUGUUCUCAUUCUAUUUUAGACAUUAUCAUAUUUGUCUUUCCAAUAAGUUUGAGUGUUAAGUUUUUUGCAAUCCCAGUUCCAGAGUAUAUUGGCAGGUAUGUAAAAUAGUGAUAUGACCAGGAUCAGGUGGUUCGCAAAAUUGUCAAACUGAAUGUUUUAUCAUAAAUAAGAUGACAAAUACAACAGAAAAAAAAGUGCUCCUUUUUAAAUUUGAUCCUAGAAGCAGGUUAAAAAAGUUGAGUUGUAAAAAAGGCUGAGGAGCUUUACAAUUGUGCAAGUGACUAAGCAAAUUAAAUCAUUUCAGAAUAUUUUUCAUUCCAUGAAAUUGCAAAGAAAUUAGAGAUUAACCAGUAGGGGUAUAACAAUUUAUUUUAACAACGAUUUGAUUCAUGGUUGCUGAUUCAGUUCAAGGACAAACAUUUUUUCGUUUAGAACAAUGCAAUCCAAAACGAUUCAGUAACUUUAUAGCCAAAAAUUCAAGCAGUGUGACUGUGAAAUAAAUACCUAGAUACUGGACAGUCCAGGUAAAAUUUCCUAGAUUCUUGUUGUUUCUUGUAAGGUAAUCAUUUUCAAGGACUUUUCCUCUGCAGAGCUCUAGUAGCUCAUUAGCAAUUAACCUCUGAGUUGUGGGCGGAGACUGCGCCGCCCUGCACCCUCUUCUUCACUCUAGCUUGUAGCCUAACUUUGCCAGUGUAGUAGAAGUGUGUGUGUGUGUGUGUGUGUGUGUGUGUGUGUGGGUGGGUGGGGGGUGCUUGUGUCUGGGAGCUGCUUGUGUCUGGGGCAAGCUUGGUCUCUGAGCCUAAUGGGUCUGCCAGAGAUUCACAGCAAUUUAAAUGCAGAAAUGCAAUUUCACGCUUAUUUUCCUCAUGAUAUGUCCUAUAGCAUCAGAAAAAUACCAUAUGAACGUGUAGACAAUAAGAAAACACAGUUUUCAUUAGAGUGGAUCUUUAAAUAUUUAAUAAAUUUUGAAUGAAAGUACAGAUAGUGCAUCGAACAUUUCUGCAACUUCUGCUUUCUUUUUUCAGCAUAGAAAUAAUACUAAUACAAAAACAUUGGACUGUAAUGGUGGCUUGAUAAUUUCUCAGUUGCCGACUUCUCCGCCAUCUACAAUGCCAUGUUUUGGUGUCUGCUGGUGCGCGUCACAGACAGACAAAAUCGAGUAACACUUAACGUUAUUAUUGAGAGUGAAAAAACUCACAUCCAUGUACAGUCUGCCGUUCUCAAAUCUGUUAGGUUAUGUCCUAGUAUCGAUACAAUUGAUUUAUUUCAUUUUCAAAUGAUGUUAGGUCAAUUUAUGUCAACCAGAAGGCUAAAUUGUUGAGCACAGCUCGAUCAAUGUAGUUGGAUCAUAGGAAUACAAAUAGAUACAUCGAUGUUGUAGUGAAUCGUUACACCCCUAUUAACUGGACAUUAUAUCCUUAAAAUAUUUUAAGCAGCUGUACAAUAGAAACACGACUGUGAUAUGACUCUGCAGCGAUGUCUCUGUGGACAUCGCUGCGUGGACUGAAAAUCAGUUUCAAAAACCAUUGUCUGUGGAUUCACUUUAUCCCUGUGCACACAAACCGUAUAUUGCAAAGAGGAAACCAACAUUUUUCCCAGCAUGUUGACUUCUGAGGGAUACAGGUUGUAUUUCUCUGCUACAGCUCAUUUUGUCAUUGGAGUCAACUCAAGAGUUUUUAAUCCCCAAAGAGUGAUUUCAACAAUUUGUAUCACAUCUUGUCCCUCUUCUUUAAGUCCCCCUUCAUAGGUACUAUGUACUGGCAGCCAAACUGAAGGGACCCCUUCACAGUGAGCUGUCAGAAACUUCUAAAGUAGACUAAAGAGAGAUUUCCUUUUUCUGACAAAUCAAAGAGACACACAUAACUUUCUUUUUUCAUCUUUCAUUCUUCUCCAGAGUCAUCUUCACAUUUUGGGGAGUGGUGACCUUGAUCUGUGGAGCUUUCAUCUUUGGCCAGAGCACCACCAUUGCUGUCAUGCAGAUCCUUGGAAGAAUCUAA